CGCUGGGCCCAUGGAGAGACCAGUGAAGGAUGGGAUCCUCUAUGUGCAGCACAGCAAAUUUGGAAAGAGGUCCUGGAGGAAGAUGCGAGCCCAGCUCUUCGCUGCCAGCCCCUCCGGCGUGGCCCGCAUGGAGAAGUUCGACGUGCGGGAUGAUGGCACGGCACUGGAGAAGAUCUCCCUGCGGCGGUGUGCCCGUCGAGUGAUCCGCCUCUCGGACUGUGUCUCUGUGGGCCCAGCAGGCACCGAGAGCUGCCCCAAAGCCACCGCCGCCUUCUACCUCACCACCACGGAAAAGAGCUACGUGCUGGCGGCCGAGCAGCGGGAUGAGUGGAUUGCCCAGCUCUGCCAGCUGGCCUUCCAGGGUGCGAAGGAGACGUUGCCAAGCAAUGCCAGGACCCAGCCCAGCCCCACUGUCCCCAUGGAGGAGAACUCCCUCUACUCCUCCUGGCAGGACUUGACUGAAUUCCCGGUGCUGGUGGUCCGGACGGACGUGGCUACCCGCUGCGGCCUGCAUGGGCACUACCUGCUCUCAGCCCUUCCCCAGAGCCUGACGCUGAAGGACCCGCAGUCCCGCCAGCCCCUGCUCACCUGGCCUUACCCCUUCCUCCGCAAGUUUGGCCAGGAUCAGACCAUCUUCUCUUUUGAGGCCGGCCGCCGCAGCGACUCCGGCGAGGGCACCUUCACCUUCAGUACUCCACGUGCCCUGGAGCUCUGCCGGGCCGUGGCUGCUGCCAUCGCCUGCCAGCAGCAGGGCAAGGAUGCCCCGGACCCCCGGCUCUUCUGUGCCUCGGACCCCCAGCUCUCGGCCCAGGGCCUUGAGCCCCAGCCCUGGGCCCCUGGGGCUGAAGAGCCCCAGCCCAGCCCCACCCCGGGGGGGGCACAGCCUGCCUCCCACCCCCCGGCCAGCCUUCUCCCCUUGCCCCCGCCAGAGCUGGAGGCCACAGCCCCCAUUGUCUAUGCCUCCAUCGCCCGGGGCCAGCAGCCCCUCUUCAGGCCAGGGCAGCCCGGUCUCAGUGAGGCCUGGGCCCCAGGGAAGCUGCCUCCCGAGCACCUCUACGAGAACAUCUUCACUGCAGAGCCGGGUCCUGCCAGGGCAGAGGAGGAAGAGGAGGAAGGGCAGUGGGAGCUGGGGUGCCGGCAGGCCCCCGAGGGCCACAGCAGCGAGGUGGGCCCACUCUAUGACAACCGGGCUGCCCUGGCCCAGCUGCCGCGGGGCGGCCCCCAGCGCCCUGAGCCGUGCUGGGGCCGUGGGGCGCAGGAGGCGCUGCCCGUGCGCCCUGGGCACAAGCCCCAGAGCAACCUCCGGGCCAAGCUGGUGCGGCUGCUCAGCCGGGAAACCCCUGGCUCCCAGGACUGGGCCUGA